UAGACUGAGUUCAGGCUGCCAACAGCGCGCAGGAUCUGUGGUUUGAGCUCAAAGACCACGCUUCAAAAUCCAGAUCGUUGACAACUACAGUAAUUUCCUCCCGCGGCAAUGAAGCGCCCUUGUGAAGAAAGUUCUUCAGAUAGUGAUAUUGAUGAAACUAUAGACGUAGGGAGUGAAAAUAACUACGGAGGUCAGGGCAACAGUGCACUCACAAGAGCUGGCUCCCCGUCUACAACUUCCCAAAUCCUUGCCAGGAAGAAAAGAAGAGGGAUUAUUGAGAAAAGACGUCGAGAUCGUAUUAAUAAUAGUUUGUCAGAGCUCCGAAGACUAGUUCCUACUGCUUUUGAGAAACAGGGUUCAGCCAAGUUAGAGAAAGCGGAAAUACUUCAGAUGACAGUGGACCAUUUAAAGAUGCUCCGGGCGACUGGAGGUAAAGGGUUUUUGGACGCUCACGCCCUCGCCAUGGACUUUAUGAGUAUCGGUUUCCGGGAGUGCCUGGCCGAGGUGGCCCGCUACCUGAGCUCGGUGGAAGGGCUCGACACCUCGGACCCGCUGCGGCUCCGCCUGGUCUCUCAUCUCAACACUUACGCCUCUCAGCGGGAAGCGGCUGUCAUGACCUCUUCGGUCGCUCAUCAUCACCACCAUCACCACCAUCAGCAGCAGCAGCAUCACCAGCAGAGGCUCCAUCACUCGCACCAGCAGCCGCACCAGCAGCACUGGGCCGCCGCAUUCCACCAGCUGCCCUCCGCCUUGCUGCAGCACCACGGGCUCUCCAGCGACAGGCUGCUGGCCUCGGCCUCCGAGCUGCACCCAGGUACCGCGGUCCCGGCUCCAGCAGGGGGCUCGGCCCUGCUCACUGCCACCCUGGCGGCGGCCGCGGCUCACACCGACACCACGCUGCGGGCGGCCCAGGGCGGCGGCGGCGGCGGGGGCGGGGGGGCAGUCGCUGGCCGCCUGCCCCCGCUCUCUACCUCCCUGCUCUCCCUCUCCGCCACCGUACACGCUGCCGCCGCCGCCGCCGCUGCCCACACCUUCCCGCUCUCCUUGGGCAGUUUCCCCGCCGCCGCUGUGCUGACGCCGGGCGGCCCGGCCCUCAGUCCGCCGGGCUUUGCCGCCAUCCCGCAGGGCGGCAGCGGGGCCAGCGGCAGCGCGGGCGGGAAACAACCUUACAGACCCUGGGGCACCGAGAUCGGAGCUUUCUGAACAGACUGAGUGAGAAAGACUGAGGCAAAGUUCCGCCCUCCCAGGCCCCGCUCGCCCUCAUCCUGCCUCCCACCCCCCUGACCCUUUCCUAGGGAGAGGAGGGCCAUUCACAGCGGUGCGGGCACUCGCUGCAGGAACCUGCCAAAGGCAAUUCCAUCCGUUGCCCCUUCCCUCCAUUUUGCAUUUGACUCCUGCUGGCAAACCCAUCGCCCAACUGAAUUGAUUUGAACAAUUUAACACCUGACAACUCGAGCAAAAAAAAAAUGUUGGUGAAAACAAUAAUGUAAUUGCUUGAAAACCUUGCUCUCUGCAGGACCUUGGCUGGUAACCCACUGCAAGAGCCACCAGUACUGUUACCAGCAAGUCGACAGCCACUGGACUCGGGAGCUUUCUGCUUUUAAGUACCCCAAUGUUGACUAUUUCGUUUACGCAAAUUGUAACCAAUCGACUGCA